AUGCAAUUACCCAAAUGUGGUCAUCGGUAUUGUCAAACAUGUUUAGAUAUUGAACAAGAAACGAUAAUUAAAUGCCAGCAAUGCCAAGCAGAAUCGUUAAGGAAUGACGAACAUCUUGACCAAUUUCAUUCAAAUGGCAAAUGUGAAUAUUGCGGCGAACAGUUCAAUUCAAUUAACAAACUGAAUGAACAUAAAGUCUUCAAAUGUCGACAUCUCAUUGUUGACUGUAUAUUGAAAGGUUUUGGUUGUAAUGAACGAAUUAUCCGUGUUGAAAUGCAAGAUCAUUAUUUAACUCAACAACAUCAACAUGCUUUACUCAAUGCUGUUCAUCAAAUGUUAUCACAAUUAAACGACAGACAAACGGAUAUUGAGCAUUCUCGAACAACAACUGCGGGACCUUGUAAUUCUGCUACAGCUCAAUCAGAAGAGCUUUAUGAAAUGCUUAGUAUUUUAGUAGGUGGUAUAGAAACAUUGGCCAAUGAUGAACAACGCCUAGCCACUGAAGCACUAAAAAUGCAAACGGCUAUUCCAACACUGACAGAAGAAUUAUCGAAAGUUAAAUUAUCUGUUGAAGAGUCAAAUGCUUUUUUGGAAGGAGUCAAACAUAAUCAAGCCAUUCUUAACCAAGAUUUAUUAUCAUUGCAAGAAAAAAUCAAUGAUUUGCAAUAUAUAUCGUACGAUGGAACACUCGUUUGGAAAAUAGGAAACUUCCACGAGAAAAUGAUUGAUGCACAGUCCGAAAGACAAACAUCAAUUUAUUCAUCCCCAUUUUAUUCGUCUCCAAAUGGGUAUAAAAUGAGAGCUCGCCUUUAUUUGAAUGGCGAUGGAAAUGCUCGUCGUACACAUAUGUCGCUCUUUUUUGUGCUCAUGCGAGGUUUGAACGAUCCAAUUCUCAAGUUUCCGUUCAAUUAUAAGGUCACAUUCUGUUUGUACGAUCAAACUCCUCAACAACGACAUAUUAUCGAUUCAUUUCGACCAGACAUUAAAUCA